UGACUGCGCUCCGGGGUGUGUGGACGCUGCUUUGUUGCCGGAGGCGGGUGGCGGUGGAAGUUAAGGGGGUCGGGGGCUAGAGCUUCUCAGGACCCGCAGCUGCGGCCGUUGCAGUCACUUCACCUGGUGGCCUUUACCGUAGGAGUCGCGUCGACAGCAGCCAUGAGCGGCGGGGUGUACGGGGGAGAUGAAGUUGGAGCCCUUGUUUUUGACAUUGGAUCCUAUACUGUGAGAGCUGGUUAUGCUGGUGAGGACUGUCCCAAGGUCGAUUUCCCUACAGCUAUUGGAAUGGUGGUAGAAAGAGAUGAUGGAAGUACAUUGAUGGAAAUAGAUGGUGAUAAAGGCAAACAAGGCGGCCCCACCUACUACAUAGAUACUAAUGCCCUACGUGUUCCGAGGGAGAAUAUGGAGGCCAUUUCACCACUGAAAAAUGGGAUGGUUGAAGAUUGGGAUAGUUUCCAGGCUAUUUUGGAUCAUACCUACAAAAUGCAUGUCAAGUCAGAAGCCAGCCUACAUCCUGUUCUCAUGUCAGAAGCACCGUGGAAUACCAGAGCAAAGAGAGAGAAGCUGACAGAGUUAAUGUUUGAACACUACAACAUCCCUGCGUUCUUCCUCUGCAAAACUGCAGUUUUGACAGCAUUUGCUAAUGGUCGUUCUACUGGGCUGAUUUUGGACAGUGGUGCCACUCAUACCACUGCAAUUCCAGUUCACGAUGGCUAUGUCCUUCAGCAAGGCAUUGUGAAAUCCCCUCUUGCUGGAGACUUUAUUACUAUGCAAUGCAGAGAACUCUUUCAGGAAAUGAAUAUAGAACUGAUUCCUCCAUAUAUGAUUGCAUCAAAAGAAGCUGUUCGAGAAGGAUCUCCAGCGAACUGGAAAAGAAAAGAGAAGUUGCCACAGGUUACAAGGUCUUGGCACAAUUACAUGUGUAACUGUGUUAUCCAGGAUUUUCAAGCCUCAGUACUUCAAGUAUCGGAUUCAACUUACGAUGAACAAGUAGCCGCACAGAUGCCAACUGUUCAUUAUGAAUUCCCCAAUGGCUACAACUGUGAUUUUGGAGCAGAAAGGUUAAAGAUUCCUGAAGGAUUAUUCGACCCUUCCAAUGUAAAGGGGUUAUCAGGAAAUACAAUGCUGGGAGUCAGUCAUGUUGUCACUACGAGUGUCGGAAUGUGUGAUAUUGAUAUCAGACCAGGACUCUAUGGCAGCGUUAUAGUGGCAGGAGGAAACACGCUAAUACAGAGCUUUACUGACAGGUUGAAUAGAGAACUCUCUCAGAAAACUCCCCCAAGCAUGCGGUUGAAAUUGAUUGCAAAUAAUACAACAGUGGAACGGAGAUUUAGUUCAUGGAUUGGUGGCUCCAUUCUGGCUUCUCUGGGCACCUUUCAACAGAUGUGGAUUUCCAAACAGGAAUAUGAAGAAGGAGGGAAGCAGUGUGUAGAAAGGAAAUGCCCCUGAGAAGGUUCCCAAACCUCUACCUUCUGUGUCACCUUACGUUUCAUAGCUUUAGUACACUCAGGAAGAGAACAACCAUCUUUUGUAGAAUGUUUAUACAUUUUUGCAUAUUUCAAUUUCCACUUAAAUUUUUUAAGGCUUUAACUGGCUCUAUAAAUUAAAAUAAGUUUGUGCUUUCCUUGAAAUGCACUUAUUCUUAUUACAAGCAUUUUAUAAUUUUGUAUAAAUGUCUAUUUUCUCUAAAUAUUUUGCUUUCAGUAAAAUGUUUUCCAACUCUGUUUAGUAUAUUACCAGUGGAUUGGUAGAAUUACUUUUUAUUGACUAGUAAAAUUUAUUGCCUAUGCCUUUUAUCUUAGGCUUGCAAAAUUAAAUAAAAAUUACUAGCCAUUCCAGAAAUA